GUAAGAGCUGGGAGGUCACUACAUAAAGGAUGUGGGAUAAUAGGCAAGCAUUCUUUACAGUAGACAUGCGUCUCUGUUAGAUAAUACAUUAUAUGCAUGAUUAGUCAAUUUCUAGGUCUUCAACUGAACCCAAUAAUAUGUUACUGUUUUCAAUUGUUUUGUCAAUUUUUUGCGUUUGAUUUCUAAAUGAAAAAUUGCCGAUGCUGCUACAGUACUGUUGCUUGGAUUGUAGAUUGAUUUGCUUUUAUCUGCGGGAAAACAACAGCAUUAUUAAUCUGCACAACGUCCUCAUCAACUCCUGUUCUGUUUUUCGAAUUAUGUUUUUUGAAAAAAGUGGGCCAAUUUGUUGCGGAUUUUGAAUGGUUCUGCUUGUACUGCAUUAUCGUUGUUUUCUUUCCUUUUCUAUCUCUCUGGUUAUACUGGUUUCGGAAUGGCACUGUAUAUAAAUUAAUUUGUGGUUAAUGAAUUUGAAGACCAGGCUGUGACCCGGUGCUUGUUGGCGUUUUUUGGAACAAUACGUUUUUUUUUUUUUUUUAAGUAUCUGGGUGGAUCACAAUUUGAACAGAACGGGAGAAACCGUCAAAGUGCUGUGUAGCGAAGCGGUCACAAUUCAAAGCAGGAUUUUAUAAGAUAAGUACACGAAGGUCCCAUGAAUGAUAAUUACAGACAGUUAUCGUAAAACUGAUUGACUAGGCAUUGUUUUGUACAGCCUCUGUCUGUGUGUGACAAUAGAGUCUAUAUCAAAUUUAUUGGUAAAUACUGUUUUUUAACUUUUUUUUUUUUUACAACAAAAAUGUCCCAUUUCCGGAGUAUCGAAUUAGAACACUUUGAGGAGCGGGACAAGGCACACAGGUCGUCCAGGGCCGCUGGUACAGGGUCCGGGUCGGGGUCCAAAGGGAACGGGCUGAUUCCAAGUCCUGCUCACAGUGCACACUGCAGCUUUUACCGUACCCGUACUCUCCAAGCGCUAAGCUCAGAGAAGAAAGCCAAAAAAGUUCGAUUUUACAAAAACGGAGAUAAGUAUUUCAAAGGACUAGUUUAUGCUGUGUCCUGUGACCGCUUCAGGUCUUUCGAUGCUCUGCUCAUGGAGCUUACCAGGGCCCUUUCUGACAAUGUUAACCUGCCGCAAGGAGUCCGGACCAUAUACACCAUUGAUGGAACCAGGAAGAUCUCAAGUAUGGAAGAGUUGGUAGAAGGGGAAAGCUACAUUUGCGCCUCCAACGAGCCGUACCGUAAAGUAGACUACAUGAAGAAUGUGAACCCCAACUGGUCUGUAAACAUCAAGGGCAGUGGAGCGCGCUCCCUCUCCUCGCUGGGCUUGCUGAAGAGUGAGAUGAGGGAGAGCAAAGACUUCAUCAAACCCAAGCUGGUGACUGUGAUUCGGGGUGGGGUCAAGCCGCGGAAAGCCGUGAGGAUUCUCCUGAACAAAAAAACCGCCCACUCCUUUGAUCAAGUCCUGACGGACAUCACUGAUGCCAUCAAGCUGGAUUCUGGGGUGGUGAAGAGGCUGUUCACUCUAGAUGGGAAGCAGCUCACCUGCCUGCAGGAUUUUUUUGGAGACGAUGAUGUAUUCGUUGCCUGCGGACCGGAGAAGUACCGUUAUGCUCAGGAUGACUUUCUAUUGGGUCACAGUGGUAAGGCUUCCACAGCGUUUGAGACUGAGUGCCGGGUGAUCAAGUCUUCAUACUCCCGGUCUGCCACACCUGGACGGCACUCUGGAUCAAAGAGUCCCGGACCCUCGCGACGGAGCAAGUCCCCGGCCUCAGUAAGACGAGGUGGACACUAUGCCACAGCCUGUUCACCAGCUAAAUCCCCAGUGAAUGGGACCCCCAGUAGCCAGCUGUCUACACCAAAGUCCACUAAAUCCUCCAGCUCCUCUCCAACUAGCCCAGGCAGCCUCCGCGGGCUCAAGAUUCCUCCCCAUUAUGGUUCUGCCUCCAAUGUGAAUGGUGCCCCUGUUCAGAUGAUUUGCCUGAGCCCUGAAGCAGAUAACGGGAACAAAUGUUUGUCAACCUCGGCCAUUCUGGACAAAUACCAGAUUGGAAAGGUGAUUGGAGACGGCAACUUUGCUGUUGUGAAGGAGUGUGUAGAACGGUCCACUGGUAAGGAGUUUGCCCUCAAGAUAAUUGAUAAAGCCAAAUGUAGCGGAAAGGAGCACCUUAUUGAGAAUGAAGUGGCAGUGCUGCGAAGGGUGAAGCACCCCAACAUCAUCAUGCUGAUCGAAGAGGUGGACACUGCGGCAGAGCUGUACCUGGUCAUGGAGCUGGUGAAGGGUGGAGACCUUUUUGAUGCCAUCACAUCCUCAACUAAGUACACAGAGAAGGAUGCCAGCGCCAUGGUGUACAAUUUAGCCGGCGCUCUCAAAUACCUGCACUGUCUGAAUAUUGUUCACAGGGACAUCAAACCUGAGAACCUUCUGGUCUGUGAGUAUCCCGACGGCACCAAGUCUCUGAAGCUGGGAGAUUUCGGAUUGGCCACUGUGGUGGAGGGCCCCCUCCGUACAGUCUGUGGAACCCCCACCUAUGUGGCUCCUGAGAUCAUUGCAGAAACUGGUUACGGCCUGAAGGUGGAUGUCUGGGCUGCUGGUGUCAUCACUUACAUCCUCCUUUGCGGGUUUCCCCCAUUCCGCAGUGAGAACAAUCUUCAAGAGGACCUUUUUGACCAGAUACUUGAAGGACGCUUAGAAUUUCCAUCUCCCUACUGGGACAACAUCUCUGACUCUGCUAAAGAGCUGAUUGGUUGGAUGCUGCAAGUCAAUAUGGAAGCCCGGUACACAGCAGAGCAGGUUCUGGCUCAUCCCUGGGUGGCUGAUGAUGCUGCCAUGGGGAACAACAUGCAGGUAGAAGUUACAGGUAAACUGAAGAAGCACUUUAACUCGGCACCAAAGCAGAAUGACACCUCAGCUGGAGUGUCAGUCAUCAUGAACACGGCUCUAGAUAAGGAGCAGCAGAUCCUGGUCAGCAAACGCUGUCAAGAAGCCAGCGAAACCGUCGCGGAAAAGAAACCUCAACCCACCCAGGAUGAGGACCCCGAGGCGCCCUGGGAUGGGACCGCCACUGCUGCCUCCCUUCCUGCUUCAUCUGAGCCAAUCCAGCUACCCACAUCACCGCCACCUCCAUCGACCCCCGCCACGGCAGACACAGCAACAGCAGCGCAUUCGCCACCUCCUGUCAGCAUGCAGUGCAGAGCUGGGGCUGGCGAACCCUGAAAGACUGCCUGACUUCCUCCAGAAAGGAAGUGCACUGCAAGAGGCUCCACCUGCUCAACUUUCUCUUCAUCAUUACUGAUUACACGCAUGUAGGAGUUAGAUGUUUCGUUCCAGUAACGCUGCUACUGCUGUGGCAGAUAAUGACGCUGGCAGCCUCUGAUGGUGUGCGCCUGCACUAUGUAAUUUCAAGCACUAUUUGUUUCUGAUAUGGCACUGCAAAACAUUUCUAGUGAUGUUUUUAGCUGUCAGCCAGCUUCCCUCCCCCUCCCCAGCACACACUGCUGCUCUGAAAUAAGAGUCUGUUUGCAGCAUUCAUAGAGUACUGGCUAUAUUUUAUGCUGGCUAGAUUGUCAUGUAGUUUUGCCUGUUUUUAUCAAAGGAAACAAACCUAAUUAGUUUUAACUAUAUUGUUCCUGCCUGUGCACUAACAUCAGCAAUGUGAUUAAGAGCGUAUUUGAAACCAUGAUCAAGUCCUAAAAAGGGUUAACUGCAGUACACUGAAGAGGGUCAAUAGCGUCUUAUUUAAAUAAAACCUAUUUAUUUGUAUAAAGACUAAAAGAGAAGGUUUUCAAAAGAUUGUUUUGUUUGUUUCCUAUUCUGAUUGUUGUAUUUGUUGUUUCCAGUCAUGGGCUUUUUUUCUGUCGAACUUUCAAUCUGUAAACUUUAAAUGGUUAAAUCUAACACUGCGCUUUGUUGACCGGUGUUCGCUGCAUGUCACAUACUUCAUUCAAACAGCAAAACCAGAUGUCAACCUGUAGGACAAAUUUAGUUGGACAAAAUAGUUGCAAGAUGUAACUUUUUUAGCCUCCAGUAUUCAUUUUCUUUCUUCCUUUUUGUUUUAGAAAUGCCUACAGUAUGUCCUGUUAAUCAUUUCAGCAUCAAAAACAGUGUUUACCCAGGUGUUGUAAAUCAGCCAGGAAAAGAUGGAAUUCACAGGACUAUAACACUGAGGCUAUUUUUAAGAAGAGCCUUUUCUCUGACACACACAACUGUUUGUCGUUGUCUUUUUCUAUUCUUAUUGUCAUUAGUUAAAAAAUGUGAGCUUUUAUUUUGUAUUAGAAAUAAAUCAGAAAACUGAAAUCCAUGAAAUAAAGCCCAUCUCCU